AUGAAGUCCAAGUUCCUUGUCUACUUCAGUGCUGUCUUUGAUAUGAAUAUACACCAUUUGGCAACCAAAAGUUUACGCGCACUCCCUGUGAUUUAUCUGCUUUCAUUUCCCUUCUUGAUUUCUGGUACAGUUACCGUUAUGAGGAUGAGUGUGAUUUAUCCUCUGCAUGCAUUAGUUGUGAUAAUUCUGCUAUGCAUGAAACCAUUGUCUUUUGGAUCAGAAACCUCAUCCAUGAACAACAAGACAAUGAGGUGCAUUGAGAUGGAGAGAAAAGCUCUGCUGGUUUUUAAACAAGGAGUUGUUAGUGGUACACAGAGACAAGAUCUCCUUCUUUCAUGGAAGAAUGAAGAUGAAGAUUGCUGCAAAUGGAAAGGUGUUGUCUGUGAUGAUCAAAAUGGUCAUGUGACUCACCUUGAUCUUUCUUCUCCUUACACCCCACCUUACUCAUUUGGAAGCGAUGUUAGUAUCAGCCAUUCGUUGCUUGAUUUACCAUUUCUUAAGUACUUGGACCUCAGUGGCACAUUCUUUGGACGACUGAAAAUUCCCGAAUUCAUUGGCUCUCUCACAAGGUUAGUUCACCUUGAUUUGUCACGUACUUAUAUAAGGGGACCGAUUCCCUAUCAAAUUGGAAACCUCACCAAUUUGCGGUACUUGAAUGUCAGCCAGAGUAAUAUUUAUGGUCCUCUCCCGAAGUUUAUUGGCUCACUUAAUAGCUUAAGGCACCUUGAUCUUUCUCACUCUUUGUUUUCUGGAGUUAUUCCUCAAGAGCUUGAAAAGCUCUUCAAGUUGCAGCAUCUUGACCUAGGAUAUAAUUUUUUAGCAUCUAGUAGGAACUUUGAGUGGUUGUUUAAUCUACAUGAUUUGGUAUACCUUGAUAUCAGUUAUGUCAACAUGGCCCAUCCUAGUAUUUGGGUAAGCUUUAUCCAGAGAAUUCCUUCCAUAUCAGUUAUGCAGUUAAAUUACUGUAACCUCUCGUCUCCAUUUCCUACAUCAAGCAAUUUCUCUACCUCUAUCUCCGCCCUUCAUCUCCAAGGAAAUCACAUCAAUUCAUCUAUUUUUAAUUGGCUCUCUCACUUGCAUGGCAGUCUGGAAGUACUAGACCUGAGUUAUAACAUGUUAGCAGGUAGAAUUCCACAUUCUUUUGGUCAUAUGGCUGCUAUAACUCAUCUUAAUCUUGGUCACAACCUCUUGAAUGGCCCAAUUCCAGUUUCUUUUUCUCUUUUGACUGACCUAACUUAUCUGGAUCUCUCUGCAAAUCAUCUUAAUGGUGUGCUUCCGAAAUCAUUGCAUAACUUAUCCAGCUUGAAAGUUGCGGAUUUCAGUUCCAACAAUCUCACUGGGAACCUUGAAGAUCUUUUAUUAGGACCCUUAGCUCUUUUGGAAGAAUUGUUUGUAUCUGAAAACCAACUUACUGGAUCACUGCCUGAUAUUACACAAGUCUCAUCCCUCAGAAAAUUUCAAGCAACCUCCAAUGAGUUAAAUGGAUAUCUACCAACAGCUUUUGAGCACUAUUCAGGUUUAGUAUUUUUGGAUUUGUCCAAUAACCAUCUUAGAGGCUCUUUACCUGAUUUUACAGGAUUUUCAUCUUUGGAAAUACUAUAUCUUGAUGGUAAUGAGUUUUCUAGAAAUCUUCCUGAUUUUUCUGGAUGUUCAUCUUUGCAAGAACUGCGACUUCGUGGCAAUCAACUUACAGAAUGGGAGACUAAGUCAACUGGACAACUCUCCCAUCUUAUAGAGCUGGAUCUUUCAAUGAACUCUAUCCACAGUACAAUCUCUGAGGCACAUUUGUCCAAUCUCACAAGUUUAGGGUAUAUGAGCACAUCAUAUAAUUCUCUGACUUUUGAGCUCAGCUCAGAAUGGCUUCCUCCUUUCCAGCUUCGGAAACUUUCUUUGGCAUCAUGCAAAUUGGGGCCAAAAUUUCCCAACUGGAUUCGAAAUCAAGAGUACAUUGAUCAUCUCGACAUCUCUAACAGCCAAAUUUCAGAUACCAUCCCUAUGUGGUUCUGGAAUAUCUCAAGCAGCUUGUCCCUUUUAAAUCUGUCCUCCAACCAAAUCACCGGUAAGUUUCCUUGGAAAGAUGGCCAUAUUAGAGAGAUAGAUUUGAGUUCAAAUUUCUUUGAUGGACCACUACCACCAAUUCCCACAAAGUGUUCAAAGAUAAAUCUAUCUCGAAACAGAUUUUCAGGAACACUCCUUUCCCUAUCAGUUGUUAAGGAUAUAUCCUUAAGGUUUCUUGAUUUCUCACAUAACCAAUUGUCUGGCACACUUCCUGAUAACUGGAUCUACUUUCAAGGUCUAGUGUUUCUUAACUUGGGAUAUAACAAUUUUUCUGGAACGAUUCCAGAGUCGAUAGGUCAUCUAGCUUCUUUGGAGACACUGAUUUUGAGGAACAAUAUGCUCUAUGGUGAACUGCCUGCCUCUUUGAGAAACUGCAGCAGCCUUGGUUUUGUAGAUUUCGGGUUAAAUAAGCUAUCAGGAAAGGUGCCUUUAUGGAUUGGGGAAAACCUAAUGCAUUUGUAUGCUCUGAUCUUAAAAUCAAACAGAUUAUAUGGAAGAAUACCAUUUGAAAUAUGUAGACUGUCGAAUCUCAUAGGUAUAACCAGACUUGUCGAACUCAAGGGACUGAAUUUGUCUGGAAAUGGGCUUCAUGGAGCUGUUCCCCUGGAGAUUGGCCAAUUGAAAGCGUUAGAAAGCCUAGACUUGUCCGCGAACAAAUUUACAGGUGAAAUUCCUCUAAGCAUGUCAGGAUUAAAUUUUCUUGCAUUCUUAAAUCUCUCAAACAACAAUUUUUUGGGAAGAAUUCCCUCUGGCACUCAACUCCAGGGAUUCAGUAUCUCCACAUACCAGGGAAACAGAGGACUCUGUGGUAAACCACUCACAGAUAUAUGUCCGGGAGAUGAACCAGCUGAUCACGUCCAACCGUCAGUUGAAGAGUAUGAAGAUGAUGGAGAUGACAGUGAAUAUGAGAGAUGGCUGUAUGUCAGUAUUGUGCUUGGUUUCAGCGCUACAUUUUGGGGUUUCAUCGGAACAUUAGUACUAAACCGCCGUUGGAGAUAUGCAUAUUACCUCUUUCUGGACAACUUGAAAGAAAGAUUAUAUGUUUGGGUGGCUAUGCACAUUUCCAGAUUUCCCCUGUAG